CGUCUUUCGUCGCGCUUCAGUCGAGUUCGAAGAAAGGUAGAGGUAGGUGUUAGCUAUUAGCUAGAGAAUAAAUGAGAACUGUACGUGUACCGGUCGAAGAGAAAUUCACGGGGCGCGCAUAAAUGGCUGAGUCAGUCGGAGCAUCCAGGGAGGAUAUACCGUUGAAACGGGGCAAAUCCUCGCGAAAAUGGCACCAUUGCCCCGGUUACUCGGAAGACCACUCGGGCGGCUCGAAAUACAUAAGCGGCGCCUUCGGAACCCUAACGCUCAUCAUAACAUUGGCGCUAUUCGUACAAAUCUACUACGGCGAUUACCAGGUGGUUCCGCACGGUAGCGUGGCCUCCGACGACUUGGAGUGCUCGACGAUCGGAACGCACGUGCUGAAGAAAGGAGGCGGCGCCGUCGACGCCGCCAUCGCGACGUCGAUUUGCCUGUGCGUCGCGACGCCGCACGUCACCGGAUUGGACGCCGAAGGGAAAAUGUUGAUAUACGAUCACAAAAGCAGAACCCGGCCCGUCGUGAUUGAUUUCAGUCAUAGAACCGUCAAUUCGAGCGACUUGCCGAGCCUCGUGAUGGGUUUGGCGCAUGCGCACAAACGGUUCGGGAGGUUGCCGUGGAGCGAGCUCGUUUAUCCUUCCGUCGUUUUGGCUAGGAAAGGCGCGGUGGCCUCGAAAAUGUUGACGCAAGCCAUAUCCGAAUCGAAAUUGGAGGACUUGUUCGGGCGAUUGGAGCCCGGGCAUAUUUUCAAACAAGAAAAUUUAACUUACACUCUCGAAGAUAUCGCCAAUACGACCGAAUCAGAAUUGUACUCGUAUCUGGAGAAAAUUAACGAAACGUCCCUAACUACGAGCGUCGUGAGAAAAAUAGAAUUUGCUAGAUACAACGUUUUCGCUCCGCACGAAGACGUUUUCAUCGAAGAAGCUUUGCGGGAAAUCGGAAAAACCAAUUACACCGAACGAGACGUAAAUAGUUUCGAUUUCAUCUCUAAAACAGCGAGAUUAGUGGAAAGUUUCCACGAAAAUGGUACCUAUCACGAAGGUACCAUUUCUAACGUAGCCGUAAUGGAUACAGAUGACGUUUACGUUUCUUUAGUCACGGGUUUGUACCAAUUCUUCGGAACCGGAGAAAAGACAUCGUUAGGAUACUUCGAAGACGUGAAAAAUAAACUCACGACUUGCACGAGAACGCCACUUUUGAUAACAGAUAAGCGAUACGUGUGCGGUAGAAGAUUCGUCUUCGGCGCUAAUAAUUUAUCCACGGCCCUGCGAAUUCUAACGGCAUUAUUAAUCGGUAAUAUAAACGGCAGGGAUGCGUUAGAAGCGCCCAGGUAUCGCGUCGAUGGCGCCGGGAAGAUCGGUUUCGAAGGCGCGCAUUCGCCGGUUUUCGGCGGUGAAAUGCUGAAGGAUUUCGAGAAAAUCGGUUUCGAAUUGUACGCGGUGCGCGAGCCGUACGAGAGCAGCAACAUAGUGGAGAAAUUUAGGGAUGAGUUGAGUUCGCAUUCGGAUAGCAGAGGCGGUGGAAUCGCCAGUAGAUUUUAAUUGGAUUUAAUUUUUUUUUUUGUACACCAAAGAUGAGA